AUGCUAAUUCAACUUUUGGUAGAAGUCACACCACUGUCGUACAAGAUCGAGAUGGCGACCCUCGAUGCCCUCAAAAGCGCUCUCCGUCGCAAAGUCACAGAAAUCGCACUGUCUCCCACGAGACCGCUGUCCGACCUUGAAUACGAUGUUGGCUUCACCGCACUCGCCGAAGACUUCGGCAAAGCAACUUACGACGACUUCAUCAUUCCCCAGCUAUCUCUUUUGCUGGAGCCACUGCUCAACUCCCGUACUCAAGUUUCAAUCCUUGAGAUUGGACCCGGUCCCAAAAGCGUACUCGCAGAACUGCCUGAUCGUCAAAAAAGCAAGAUCAAGAGAUAUUCUGCCUUCGAACCCAACAAAGUUUUUGCCACCAGACUAGAACAGUCUUUCUCCUCCAUGUUCCAGUUCUCAUCCUCACUACCGAACUUGCAGACUGCACCAGACAUCCGUCGACAUCGGUUCACUUUGGAUCCCAGAAUAAGCACGAACGCGAACCACGAGGGAGAGGGCUUCGAUGUCAUACUCUUCUGCCACAGCCUGUAUGGCAUGGAACCGAAGCGAGAUUUUGUGGAGAAAGCACUUGAAAUGCUUACAAAGUCACUGGAAGACGGCAUGGUCAUUGUAUUCCACCGGCAGAGCUCGCUACAACUCGAUGGUCUAAUGUGCCAUCGAACCGCUUCUUUCCCAACGGGAGUGUUUCAUGUCGAAGACGACGACAAAAAAUUGGACUGCUUUGCUCGUUUCAUCGCGGGUGUCGUCGUUGAGAAUGAGGGAGAGGAUGAAACUGUUCGAUUGGAGUGGCGGAAGGAAUAUCGACUGCUCGGUCGUCGUGAAUCUGGUCAUCCAAAUCAUCUCUCCUUCGACGCACCCAACAUCAUGACUGCUCUGACAAUCAUCGGUGGUGGACACAGCGGUCACUGUCUCCAGCCAAAUGUAGUUGCUGUUGAUAUGGGGGCCUUCGAUAAGAUACAUAUCGUCGCUCCUGCUGCAGGAGUGUCAGAUACCGUGAUUGUCGUCGGAGCUGGCAGCAAGGCCGGCGAUGGAUUCGCAACAGCCAUGGCAGCAGAAUUGACAGUACCUCUAGGAUCACGGCCAAGUGUUGGUGCUGGACUGUGGCUCCAAGGUGGCAUCGGUCAUUUGGCUCGACUGCAUUCACUCACGUGUGAUGCCAUUCUGGGUGCCGUGGUGGUCAGUGUUGCCUCUGGUCAAGUCUUCUGCGUUGGCCAAGUUCCAAAAGACCAUCAACCACAAGGUGCAAAGUGCAUCGACGGCGACAGCGAUCUUUUGUGGGCAUUGAAGGGUGCCGGCAGUAACUUUGCAAUCACUGUCAGCGUCACUUUCAAGGCCUCGCCUGCACGACAAUUUGCUAUUCAGAAUUGGGUCAUGCCGCUGAACGAUAAAUCUGAUGCGCGACGAAAGCUCCAGGACUUUGAUCACCUUGUCGCCAGCAAGCUUCCCCAGCAUUGCUCUGCAGAUGCAUAUCUGUAUUGCGAAAAUGACAAGCUGCGUUUUGGAGUCAGUCUCUGCGAGACCUUCACGACUGAGCACACAGGCGAAUGGCUGUCCAUUGUCAGAAAGACAUUUGGGCCCGAGAACGGCUCUCAGAUCGUAGAUGGUGUUGAUCUCUUCGAUACUGAGAUGUAUGUUUCUGCAAUGCACGGAGAUCAUGCUGGCGGCAAGACGUCCUCUUUCAAGCGUUGUCUGUUCCUCAAAGACAUCUCGGCAUCAAGAAUGGUCGAUUCAUUGAUUGCGGCACUCAAAUCUCGUCCCUCCCCAUACUGCUACUUCCAUCUUUUGCACGGUGGAGGAGCAGUCAGCGAGGUAUCGGACGUCACCACUGCUUUCGGGUGUCGAGACUGGGACUUUGCGUGUGUGAUCACUGGCGUAUGGGACCGUAGCCAAGAGGACACCGACAUAGCCCGAUGCACCACACAGUGGGUGUAUGAUGUGGCCAAAGGACUGUUGCCCAUAAGCAGUGGAAUCUACAGCGCCGACCUGGGGCCAGAUCUUCGAGAUGCUGAUCUAGCAGUCAAAGCCCUUGGGCCCAAUCGCCCACGUUUGGCUCAUCUCAAACAGAAAUACGAUCCAGAGAAUGUGCUAGCAUACACUUGCCCCUUGCCGAAAGUACCGGGAACUCCGAAGCUCAUUGUACUGGUCACAGGUGAACACGGCGCUGGCAAGGACUAUAGUGCUGCUGUAUGGGUCUCGGUCUUUGGUUCCAGCACUCACAAAGGGCUCACGGCACGCACAGUCAGUAUAAGUAACGCCACCAAGCGAGAGUAUGCGGAGGUGGCUAGUGCGGACUACAACCGUCUGCUUGAGGAUCGGAAGUACAAGGAGCAGCAUCGAGGAUCCUUGACAGCAUUCUUCGAAAAUCAGCUACAUCUGAGACCUCAACUAGCCGAGGAGCACUUUAUGAAAGUGGUGAGCGACGCUGAGGGUGUCGAUGUUCUUUUUAUCACCGGCAUGCGAGACGAAGCCCCGGUUGCUGCCUUCUCACACCUGGUAUCCCACAGCAGGCUGCUCGAAGUGAAAGUCAAAGCUAGUAAAGAGACGCAGCGAGCUCGACGAGGAUUUUUGGAAGAUGACGAUGACGAUUCCAAUGACACUGCCACUGAUGAAGAUCAAGGCAGUAACAGUUGCCCCAACCUCGUUUUCACUAAUGAUGGUCUUGGAAAGGACGCAGCGAUCAAAUUUGCUGAAAUUCACCUCCUGCCUAUCUUCGAUGACGAUCUGCUACAGCUCAGGCGUUCGAUCCGCCUGGUACAUGAUUCUCCACGUCCGGGUUUUGCGUUCCGCGAUGUACUCGGUAUCUGUCAGCAAUCGCCUGAACGAGAUUUAUGCACAACCUUAUUGCAAAAGCAUUUUAACGGCGACCGGAAGAAGGUUGAUUUGAUCGCUGGCUGCGAGACGGGCGGUUUAGUGCUGGGGCUACUGUUGGCGACACAUCUCAAUAUGCCAUUUGCGAUGAUACGCAAAGACGGUGAACGCCCUGAUCCAAAGAUCGCGGUUACAAAGUCUCUCUCGUACGUCUCAUCUUCGGCGACCGAGAAUCCCAUGGCGGAGAACAUUGAGAUGGAUGUUGGUUUGGUGUCCAAAGGCGAUAGAGUGGUGGUGGUGGAUGAUGUUCUUUCCACUGGCGAGACUCUCUGUGCUGUCCUACAGCUCCUGGCUGAAGCGGGAAUCGAUACUGAGAAGAUGAACGUCCUCGUCGUAGCUGAGUUCCCUGCUCACCGUGGACGGAACCUGCUGCGUCAGCGUGGUUUUGGUGGAGUCAACGUGCAAAGUUUGUUAGUCUUCGGUGGUGAAUGA